AUGGCCGAAGAGGACCCCCAGCAGCCGCAGCAGCAGCAGCAGAACGCGGACCGCUCGGCGGGCAGCUUCCAGCCCGGUCUGCUUUCCGGGCUGCAGGGCGCUGAGGCCGGGGCUCUGCAGCUCCGGAUCAAGAACUCCAUCUGCAAAACGGUUCAAUCAAAAGUGGACAACAUUCUGCAAGAUGUUGAAAAGUUCACAGACAUUGAGAAGCUCUACCUCUACCUUAAGUUGCCUUCUGGACCCAUCAGCAGCGGCAGCAGCGAGAAAAGUGAUCAUGGCUCUGUGUCAUCAAGCCGCACGCAGCAGAUGCAUGCGUUUAACUGGAUCCGCAAUCACUUAGAGGAAUAUCCAGAAACCUCGCUCCCCAAACAGGAAGUCUACGACGAAUACAAGAGCUUUUGCGACAAUCUCAACUAUCAUCCACUGAGUGCUGCAGACUUUGGGAAAAUGAUGAAAAAUGUGUUCCCCAACAUGAAGGCGCGUCGACUUGGCAUGAGAGGAAAAUCUAAAUAUUGCUACAGUGGACUAAGAAAGAGGCCCUUUGUUCACUUCCCAUGUUUACCAAGUCUGGAUCUACAGCAAACUGGAGAAGGAAUGCAGUGUGACGGACAAGACUCUGUUGGCCACCUAGGCAGCAUGAAGGAGGAGGUUCGAUUUGCGGCUUGUGAUCUGGUGUGUGAGUGGGCUCAAAAGGUGCUGAAACGGCCAUUUGAGGCAGUGGAGGAGCUGGCUCGCUUCCUGAUAGAUAGCCACUACAUCAGCAACAAGUCUUUGGCAGCUCUCACCAUUAUGACAGGCGAAGCAACAGAUGUAAAACCACUGCAGACUGUCUCAGCUUUUGUGCCAACUGCUGACGCACACUACUUCCAGCCACAAACAACAACAUUGUCAUCUCCGACUGUUGAUGCCAAGCAGCAGCUUCAGAGAAAAAUCCAGAGGAAGCAACAAGAACAGAAAUUGCUGUCACCCCUACCUGGAGAGGCUCCGAACAAGACAACGGAUGACAGCAGUGGGCAAUCUGAUAGCCCAGUCUCUCCUUCACCUCAGCCAACCAUUAGCAUUGUGGUCACUGCUGUCUCAAGACCAGUCACGACACAUCAAAGCGGCCAGCUUGUGUCUCCCAGUCCAGCGGGCAAUGCGGAGACCAAAGUGCUGCCUAUAAACUUCCAAGUGGUGACCCAGCCAGUCCAACCACUGAAGCAACCACCAAGGACCAUUCAAAAUGUCCUACCAAGUCCAGUGGGGGAACGCACGCCUCGGCAACGCUACCCUCAAAUCCUUCCAAAGCCUGCGACCACCACUGCUAUUGCUUUGUGCUCGCCGUCCACAAUGAUCAUUGCCAACAACCCCAAUAAGAAUGUGAUGACGACGUGUCAUGUCAGUCCCAUCAGUGGAGUCAAGAUGACACCCAUAUCACUCGCACCCCACAGCGGCAAUGGCACCACUUCCCUUCCAAACGCGACAACAAGGCCGGCAUCUGCAGGCAUCAGCAGUUGCACCGUGUCAGAGGACGUCUUAAGAUCCUGUCAAAAUUUGAGAAGCACCUCUGCACUUCCCAUUCUGGGCCUGAUGACCAGGCCUGAGCAGGUUGACACCCGUGACAUUGAUGUGGAAAUGGAGGUUGAAGAUAUACACAAGAACAGAGAAAAUCAAAUUGCGAGCAGUGUAAUGAUGGCUAACGGAGGCAUGUCUCAGAGGGCUGCUAGCGUGCCCAUACCUCAGUCGAAAGGUUUUCGAGCCUUGGACGAAACAUCUAGUGUAACCACUGAAGCUGGCGUUAACGUUCACAACAACACUAGUGAUACAAGCAGUCUGAAUUUAAGUCCUUCUUGUCCAAAUAUGAGUGCUAUCUCAACAUGCAACACCAGUAGAGUAUUUGGAGAAAGUGUUUGCGCAGCCAAGAGCUUCCGGAAGCGCUCGGGCCUCAGUCCAGUCCUUUCUCCUGUCAAGAGAGCUUUUCUGUCCCCGCACACAGAAGAGGGCUCUGCUGGCCCCGGAUACGGCACUCGAAGGCCCGACAGUGCGCCGGUCACCCGAGAAAUGGAGAUGAACAUGAACUCUCUUUUGCCCAAUCAAGUCCACAUACCUGGCAAGCCCUCUUUCAGAGCCGGCGGUUUUUUCACUGUUGCCAAAACACAGAGCUUGAUGCAGAAGAAAACUACUUGCAAUGUUAUAGAAACUCAUACCUCGGUCGGUCAUCCAUUAAUGAAGCAAGCAGAGGGGCACCUGACAUCUGACGUGCACUCCAUGGCUAAAAAUUCCAAUUCUUUAGGUCUUCAAGAUAUUCAAGCGCACAGCUACACUCAAACGGUUUCUGGACCGCUGGAUUUUUUGGCUCAAACAUCAACAUCAAGCGAACUCCCUAUUCACGCAGACAUGGGAUACUUCCCGUUUGAUGAUGAUGUAACCCAAGAUAGCAUCGUAGAAGAGCUGGUCCAGAUGGAAGAGCAGAUGAAACAUAACCACAAACAGGAGUUUGAAAACAAUGUGACAUUUCAAGGGCAGCAGGCUGUUAUGGCACACAACAUGAUGCCCACCAAUCAGACAACGACCAGCUUUUACCGCGCAGCAAGCAGCGGUGGGGUCAGCAAUAAUGUCCAAACACCGACACCCACUCCCUCUUCGGAAAUUCCGGGAGGAGUUCAAAGCUUGACCCAAGAGAGCCCUUGCUCAUGCGUUACCCCCAUCACGCCAGUCGACAGUGCCCUGGGUAGCAGUCGACAUACUCCAGCGGGUACUCCGCUCUCCAACUGCAGCAGCACUGUGCCUCCCAGCCCUGUGGAGUGCAGGAAUCCCUUCGCAUUUACACCCAUCAAUUCUUCAGUCACCAGUUUCCAUGAGAGUGUCGCGGUUUCCAGCAGCCCCAUAAAGCCCAUGCAGAGGCCGAUGGCCACGCACCCAGACAAGACCAGGCUUGAUUGGAUGAAUAACAGCUACGACACCAACGGUGGAAGCUUGAAUAAAUCUCACAGCACGGUAGGACUCUUGCCCAGCUAUCAGGGCCUCGUAGAUGACCACUUUCAAAAGCCUCACGCCUUCGCCGUCCCUCAUGCAAGGCACCACGACAGCCGUUUUGGCCGCUUGACUCCAAUUUCUCCCGUGCAGCAGCAGGUGACUGGCACGGCACACUCAACCAAGCUGGAGGGCUUUGCUGUGCCAGCCCCUCUGGAUAACAAAGCAUCCAACCUUCCCGCUUCCAGCGGAUCCUUUCGAUGUCGCAGUGUCAGCCCCGCCGUACACCAAAGGAACUUGGUAGGGAACAUGGGAACCAAUGGCCUUAACGCUAUCCACCAGCAGUGCGUCUCCCCGUUUAACUCACCAGCAACACACGAGGUACCAAACAUCUUCGACAACAACCCAGGAAAUAUCGGGGCGUGCAGCGUGGCUCAAAGGAGUCGUUCCGUGCCGCUCAACAUAAUGAUGCAAACGGAGGUUUUACCGAUGUCUGCCCAGCAACGCAGCGGCAAAAAUAUCACUGAUGUCCUUCUGAGCAAGCUAGACGGUGACCACGAAACCGUGCGAGGUAUGGCCAUAAAUAACCUGCCUUCUAGCUAUACGGCGCGAAUGAAUCUUACUCAGAUCCUAGAGUCUGAGAACACCAACCUGAUUCCUUCGGAUUCCAACAGCACAUGCAAUUACCUCAAUAAUGGACAGAUGUUUUUCCCUGUAAGCGAUGGCCGAGCGCAAUCGGCUUCUGGGGGGCAGCAUCAGCAGAAGGCCCAGGCCACGCAGCAAACUUCGAGUUUGGCUUUCAGCGGCACCUUUAAAGAUGCCCAAGCAAACGGCGGUCAGCUGGUGCAACAGGUGGCGGAACUCACAGCAGGAGGGGCGGAUUUUCCUUGCGAACUUCGAAUGACUUCAGAGCUGUCAGGUAGCAUCAAUGACCUCAACACGCUGGAUGCCAAUCUCCUGUUCGACCCCAGUCGUCAGCAAGGGCAGUAUCAAAGCACUGCUCCAGAGCAGUCGGCCAAUCAGCCGCUUUUUCAGCAAAUCACCAGCGACCCCACGCAUUCUGCUGGACUCGAAUGGUUUGAGAGCAAAGAUCACACAACUGUCGGCUUAAUGGGUUGA